UCUCCUCCUUGGUUGAACCCAAACCAUAAAUAAGCAUGGAAGCAAAGCAAAGCAGACGAAAAUUAAAAGCAACAAAGAAUUGAGCCAUAUGGGUCCUCAAGUUCUCGUGUUUCUUAUUCGGUUCCUCUUCUUGUUCUUACUGUUAUCAUGGCCAGCGGUGGUGGCAACAUCAUCAACGUUUCCAAUUGCGAAGCCCCAUUGUAAGGAUAAGUGUGGUAACAUCUCAGUUCCCUACCCCUUUGGCUUCGGAGAUAAAGAUUGUUAUAGAGAUGAAAGUUUUCGGGUAAACUGCAACUCCACCUUCAACCCUCCAAAACUGUCCAUACUUGACGAAACGGUAGUUCAAGAACUUUCAUUUCAAGGCCAACUGCGUGUAUUUCUCGGUGUAAUAACAGAUUGCUACACGAAGUCGGGCCAACAGACUGAUACAAGCUUUAAUGACGCAACAUUUUUUGGUUUCAACCAGAUGGGCAAUACUUUCACGUUCUCAAACACAGAGAAUAAAUUCACGGCUCUGGGUUGCGACACCAAAGCUUACAUCGUGGAUUCCAAUGGCAAGAACUUCAAGAGUGAGUGUGGUAUGACUUGCAACAACAAAUCUGAUGUGAUCAAUGGUUCCUGCACCGGUAUCGGCUGUUGCCAGACCUCAAUUCCAAAGGGUUACGACUCCUACGACUUAACUCUGCGCAGCUAUAAAAAUCACACCCUUGUCUAUGAUUACAAUCCCUGCAGCUAUGCUUUCCUGGUUGACAAGAAUUGGUACAACUUCUCAAUUUCGGAUCUCUUGGAUUUUACCAGGAACGUAGAUGAAUACGGUUUUUCGCAAGUUCCAGUUGUGUUGGACUGGGCAGUAGAUAAUAAGUCUUGUGAAGUAGCUAAGAAAGACCAGGCUACUUAUGGAUGCGGCAAAAACAGCUAUUGCGUCGAGUCCAAAAACAGUCAUGGGUACAUCUGCAGCUGUUCUCAUGGUUACGAAGGAAACCCUUACCUUCCAGAUGGAUGCCAAGAUAUAAAUGAAUGUAAAGAUCCAAAAGAAAAUACCUGUGGUUCGAUCAACUGUAUCAAUCUGCCAGGGAGUUACAACUGCUCUUGCCCACUUGGUUAUCAUGGAGAUGCCAAAAAAGAUGGAACUGGAUGUAUUCCUACCACUCAAAACCCAAAUCAAGUGAUUCAGGACACCGUAGGUGUUGGCUUGGGAUUCUUAUUUUUAGUUAUUAGUAUCUUAUUGGUGCUCUGGGCACUUCAAAAGAGAAAGAAGAACAAACUCAAGCAGAAAUUCUUCAGGCAAAAUGGAGGUUUUUUGCUAAAGCAACAGAUAUCUUCAUGUGAAGGACUAGACGAAGCUGCCAAAAUCUUUACCGCAGAAGAACUAAGGCAAGCAAGUAAUAACUAUGCUCAGAGCCAGAUCCUUGGUCGAGGAGGCUAUGGUACGGUAUACAAAGGAGUUCUACCUAAUCAUAGAACUGUUGCCAUUAAGAAAUCAAGAAAAGUUGAUGAAAAUCAGAUUGAGCAAUUCAUAAAUGAGGUGGUUAUUCUCUCCCAAAUUAACCAUAGAAAUGUGGUAAAGCUACUGGGAUGUUGUUUAGAGACUGAGGUUCCUAUAUUAGUAUAUGAAUUUGUUACAAACAAAACCUUAUUCCACCAUAUCCAUGGUGAGGGAUGCAAUUCUCUAAUCUCAUGGGAUAAUCGUCUGAGGAUAGCUACGGAAACAUCGGAGGCACUUGCUUAUUUGCAUUCUGCUGCUUCACCACCUAUCAUCCAUAGAGAUGUUAAGUCUGCAAACAUACUCUUGGAUGAUAACUAUACAGCAAAGGUGUCAGACUUUGGUGCAUCAAGGUUGGUUCCACUAGACCGGACUCAAAUUAGUACACUAGUGCAGGGAACAUUGGGAUACUUGGACCCAGAGUACCUUCGGUCAAGUCAACUCACAGAAAAAAGUGAUGUUUAUAGUUUUGGGGUAGUACUUGUGGAGCUAUUAACUGGAAAGAAGGCACUAUAUUCUGAUGGGUCUGGUAGACAGACAAAUCUAGCCGUGCAUUUUGUCACCUCAGUCGAAGAAGGUAAAGUAUGGGAAAUUCUAGAUAAUCAGAUUGUGACUGAAGGGUGCAGAGAGAAACUUCAAGUAGUCCUAGAACUGGCAGAAAGAUGUUUAAGAUUAAAAGGGGAAGAAAGGCCUACAAUGAAGGAAGUGGCAAUGGAGCUACAAGGGUUGAGGAGGGAUCAAACCCAGCCUUGGGUUGCACUGAACCCCGAGGAGGGGGAACGUCUGCUUGGUGAACUAGCAUUGCCUCAUCACAACACUGUUGAAUACAAUAGUUUGACUGAUGAAGCACUAAUGUCAUUAGAUGGUGGGCGAUGAUUAUAGCUAUUAAAUAUCAUUGUAAUCUUCCUUCUUUAGUUUCUCUACAAUUCCAGUGUUACAUUGUAUCGUUUAUACUUAUAUUUUCUCACUUUUUAUGGUUUGUACUUGGCAUUUCUUAGAACGUAUGAUAUAUAUCUAUAACUAAUAGUGAAGUGAAGCCCAUAUAGGAAAUUUUGGGAGACCCUAGG